GUGUAUUAAAUGAUCAAUGUUUCUAGUUUAUCUGUCAAUCUUCAACAUCAUGAUCGAGUUUAAUUUAAUUUGAAUACUUUAAAAAUAAUAAUAAUAAUGUCUCAGUUAUAUUUAAGCGCCUCAUCCUCUUCUUGUUCCUCUUCGACAUUAUCAUUGUCUUGUUCUAUCUAUGGAUUUGUACAAUGUAUUAGUCGAAAAUUUCUUAUCAAAAAUAAAUAUACUAUAUUCAUUAAAAUCACUUCAAAUUCAGAUUGUUUUUAUCAUUCUAUAUAUAAUGUAAUUAUUCAAUGGAAUGUAAAAGAUGAUGAUGAUAAUAAUACAAUAAUUGAAGAGAAAUGUUUACAAUUUUUACAUCAUUGUCCAAUAAGAUGUUGGAUUUCUAUACAUAAUUUAAAAGAAAGUCGAAUCUAUUAUAAACAGAAUCGAGAAAGUAAAGUAUGGCUUUUUAUACCAGAUCAAACAUAUAUUGAAUCAUUACCUCGUUCUAGAAUACCUUCAAACUGUAUUCAUGAAUGCUGUUUGUCACAGUCAUUCUCGCCUACUACUACUACUACUACUACUUCAUCAUCAUCAUCAUCAUCAUCAAGAUCAUUUCCUGUAGGGUUAAUUCCUUCCAUAGAAUUAUCUCUUAUCUCUAGUCAUUGUAAUGGAAUUUUUUUGGAAUUCGAACGAAUCAAUCAUCAUCCUCAUCAUCAUCCAAAAUGUAACCAACAUUAUUUAUUAUUAAAUAUUGAUAAAAUUAUUCAAUCCGUUGAUAAGUUAUUAUAUCGACAAAAUAUUAAACUAUUUAAUAUUUGGUCAUUUUUCAUUGAUACUAAUCAUGAUAAUAACAAAACACAUUUCUAUGCUCUACUUAUUCCAGGCAUCUAUUCAUCAUCAUCAUUAACCAUAGACACAGACAAUAAAUUAUCUACUAUAUAUUCCAAGCAAACUAUUCAUUGUCAAAGUGAUUGUUUUAAUUUUGAUGAACAAUUGAAUAAAAAGAAAUUCUCAUUAUUAUUACAUGAUUUAAAUUAUUUAUUUAAUUUUUGUUUGGCUUAUCAAAUCAAUAGUUUACAAUACAAGGAAGAAGUUAUACAUUACAAGGAGAAUAGAUUAAGAAAUCAAGACUGUACAUUGUCUGGAUCAUUCAAACACUUAAUAUCCAAUUUGUUCAUUCAAUCAAGAAAUAUCAACUUCAAAUCAUAUCAAUAUGCUGAAGAUUUUAUACAAUUCCCAUUCAUAUCCAACGUCCAAGAAAAUUAUCAAUCCUUCAAUUUCGUGAAAGAUAGUAUCAUUGAUCUACACGAUAUUAUUGCUAGGCUUCAAUCUAUUGACAAAUCAAUGAAUUGA